CAGCCAGCAGCAAGUGAUCAAUCAGUACUCUCGGCCGGGCGGGCAUCGAUGACAACCUGCUCCGGCGACUACCGCGGCAAGGCCAUCGUCUCCGCCUCCCGCGUCGGCAACUUCCUCGAGCAGUCCGGCAACUGCCCGUACUCCAACGGGGAUCUCUACGAGUUGGCGUGGAAAGGAGGAGGCAUCACCAUCUCAUCAUGUUUGCGUAGGCCUGAGGUGUUGCAUGUGCCACCUUCCGAGGACGAAAUGGCGACAUGGCUCUACCCGAUUAUCACAGGUGGUGGUCAAGAUCGUGUUGGUGACGACGACGAUGUUGCCGAGCAGAGGUCGGAUAAUUGGGUGAUAACAUCGGAGGGCUCGAACAAGCUGUUGAAGGAGAAGAGCGGGAAGACAGUGAAACAUAACAUGGCAACGGACACAACAAGCGACUCCACCGCAAGGAGGACGGCCAGCGGAGGAACACAGAGCCAAACAGAAAAGAGACGAAGGUCCAAGAUAAAUAAGAGCUUAAAGACCCUGCAACAUCUCGUUCCAGGAUGCGACGACAAGCGGUGUAGCCAAGCCUCGACGCUAGACCUGACCAUCCGGUACAUCAAGUCACUGCAGCGUCAAGUCCACGCGAUGUCCGUCGCCGUCGGCGGCAGCAUGACGCCGGCAGCGGCGGUUACAGCCAUGGUGCCACCAGUGCCGGUCGCCGCCGCUGCUCCAGGUGUAAUCCAAGUCCAGCCGGGGAUGGUUCUUGGCUCGCCGCCUCCGAUGAUCCCGUUCACGCCCAUUGUUCCUACAGUGAUGAUGCCCGCACCAUUGGUGUGUCGAGCAACUCCAAGCGUAGCAGGUCACGGUGGUUGUCGUCAUGGCAACGGUAACAACAGGCGCGUAAGAAAAGCUACUGCCAGCCAGCGAGGCUUAAUAUAGCCCAGCACGUUGGGAGUACCGGACACAUAAACCAGGCAGCGACACUGGGCUGAGAUCGAUAUUAGGACGAAUUGGGCCUUUAUUCGUCACGCGAGGGCCCAUAUCUGACUUUGAGUUCAUCUUCUUCAUCUUUUUUGCGGGAGGUUUUUUUUUGGAGGCUGAAAGGGUUCAUCUUUCAGCCAUGAAAGGGAGAGGAUCAUAAAGGAAGUGUUGUCUGGAACCCGUGUGUGGCUGUCGAAUCCACCUCCACGCGUUUGUAUCCCAUGUUAAUCUUAAACUUUAAAUAAAGGGAAAUAACUCGCUGAAAUAAA